GCACUCAGUAUCUUCAAUAUUAUACACCUUUGUACUACCUUUUUAUCCAUCAUAAGUUUAAAUGAAAUUUUUUUAAUGGAUCGUUUUUUCAAAAAUGCCAAAAGAUAUUGCCUCAUUAUCUAAACGUAGAAAAAACCAAUUACUCAAUGCACAAAUUGCACAGUACUUGACAGAUCAUAAUCAGCCAUCUACUUCUCAUAUAACACCUUUAUCUCAUAGUUGCCAUAUCGAUCAUGUCAGUCUACUCAAUUAUUCAAUUGCCAAUAAGAUACACAACGACCAGUUAUCAGCUUCUUCCAUGGAUUUUGAUAUUCCUCUAACUCAAAGCAAUGUCUUUAUUCACACGGGUGAUGUUGUUGAUAUUGGGACAACACAUAUAGCGGAAUAUUUGUCAAAUGACUCCAGUAAUGAAUCCUUCGUUGAAACUAAUUGUGACAUUCCAAGUACUAUCAAUAUAAGUUUAUCAGAUAAAUUGCGCUGUUGGACUGUACAAAAUAACGUGUCACACAGAAGCGUGAAUGCAUUAUUAAAAAUUCUUUCUUUGCAUGGUCAUUCUGAUUUACCAAUAGAUGUUCGAACUCUUAUGAAAACACCUCGAAAUACGUCGUAUAAAAUUCAACCAAUGAAUGAUGGCUAUUACGUGCAUUUCGGAGUAACAGAUGGACUGAAACGUUCGAUUGCAAAGUACUUUCAAGUUAUCCCCUAUAAGAUAGAAAUAAAUAUAAAUUGUGACGGUUUACCUUUGUUCAAAAGUUCGCGAGCUCAAUUUUGGCCAAUUUUAAUAUCAAUCGAAACUGAUUUCUACACUCAGCCUAUCGUUGUUGGCAUAUAUUAUGGUAACAAGAAACCUGCUGAUGCUAAUAUUUAUCUGAAAGAAUUUAUCAUUGACAUGACUGAAAUUCUUAGAAACGGCCUUGAUGUUGAUGAUCAUAAGUGUUGUGUAAGUGUCAAGGCACUUGUUUGCGAUGCACCUGCAAAGUCGUUUCUUACUUAUACGAAAGGUCACAAUGGAUACUUUGGAUGUUCUAAAUGUAUUCAAGAAGGAGAUGCAUUGGGCCAUCGCAUUACUUUCCCUGAAAUAAAUAGCGAAUUAAGAACUGAUUAUUCUUUUCAACAUCAACAACAGCCUGAACAUCAUGAGUUACCAAACGUCUUCUUCAAUUCUGGGUUAAAGGUCCUAAAAAUGUUCGACUUACGAACGAACAACUGCAGGCUGCGUCAGAAAAUAUAG